AUGGCUGAAGUUGUGGCCUCCACCGAUUCUUUUCGGAAACUUGCAAAAUGUCGACCUCACGACGGAGAUCGUAUUCUUGAAAUAGGCUGCUGCUUCGGACAAUGCACAGUCAUUCUGGCGGAGCGUGCGGCCGAAGUGCUCGCAUUGGACACAUCGAAGGAAUGUGUGCAGCUAACUUCGCAGCGGCUGCAUGAAGACCAGCUCGGAGACCGUGCACGCAGCGAGCGUUUGGAUGUGCUGGCCCAUCCAGAACUGCUGCGGAUCCUGGGCUCAUGUGACCCACCGUUUACUGUGGUUUUCGCGGACAUCGGUGGCAAUCGUGAGCUGAAUCAUGUGGUGGAGCUGCUGGAAUUGUUGAGCCAGACUAUGCCAAUGCUGAGCUACGUAGCCGUUAAGAGCGAAGCUUUGGCAGAGACGCUGGGGAGAGCACCGCUGGAAGGGUCAAGGCUCACGUGGUGGCAGGAGCUCGCCCAACAAGUUUGCAGAAAGAAGCAGGCUAAGCGCCCGAUGCAGCGGAUUCUUCAGCGCCCUGUACGCAGGACUCCCGAUGGCACAGAGAUAUGCAGGUUUGCCAAUUAUGCAGAGUGUUCAAAAGGAGAGGACUGCAGGUAUGACCACGCACACUGCCAUUGCUGUGGCGCUGUGGGGCAUUAUGCGCGGGAUUGCUUGCGUGUAGAGGAGACGGAUGCCCUCGUUGGAGAAUCUACCUACAGCCUCUGUUCACCAGUUGCGCAACGAUUGUACAGCGCACUGACAGCUGGCGGACGACAGUUGCCCAAAAACAAAGCUGAAGCAACUGAAGCAUAUUGA